CCUCGAUAUCACAACCUCUUUCACUCUUUUCGAACGAGAUUUACCACGUGUGACUGUCGUUCCCGUUUCUUUUAUUCGAUUGUGCCUCAUUUUGGUAUUUUUUUUUUUUUUUACAUACAAGUUAUCAUCACAAUGCCACCUAAAUUCGACCCCAAUGAAAUCAAAAUAGUCUAUCUAAGAUGCGUUGGAGGUGAAGUAGGAGCAACUUCAUCUCUGGCUCCAAAAAUUGGCCCACUCGGUUUAUCUCCUAAAAAAGUUGGUGAUGAUAUUGCCAAAGCUACCAGUGACUGGAAGGGUUUAAAAAUUACCGUCCAGUUGACAAUUCAAAACAGACAAGCUACAAUUACAGUGGUUCCCUCUGCUGCAUCGUUAAUUAUUAAGGCUUUGAAGGAGCCACCUAGGGACCGAAAAAAGCAGAAAAAUAUAAAGCAUAAUGGGAAUCUAUCAUUUGAUGAUAUCAUUUCCAUUGCUCGGUCAAUGAGACCAAGAUCUGUAGCGAAGUACCUUAGUGGUACUGUUAAAGAAAUAUUAGGUACAUGUCAAUCAGUUGGAUGUACGGUUGAUGGAAAACCACCAAGAGAUAUUAUCGAAGAAAUUAAUGAUGGAAAGCUCCAAGUCCCAGAUGAAUAAUAUGAUGUAUCAUAAGGAGUAAAGAAUAAAACAUUUUUAACAUGAA